AUGAGGUUUACGGAGGGCAUAUUGAUAGUAAGGGGCAACCUGAGCUUGGCGCUAUAUCCUGAACAGGAUAACACCUCUCACCCUACGACGAACCCGGAUAAUAGAUACGCAAAAACACUCCAACUACUCCACCACCACCCACUCACUGACUGCUGGAUAGCACAAAAUCCGACGACCCGAGACUAUACUUUCUACUCCCUGACACAUGUUUCCUACUCGAGACUCGAUUACUUCCUAGUACCACACUAUAAUCUUACCCUCCUCAUAGAGUCAGAUAUCUUGCCCAUGACGUGGUCGGACUGCCCCCUCCAUUUACGACUUAGGUCGCAUCUGUUCCGGCCCCGCCAAACUUCAUGGCUCUUAAAAGAAUCAAUCCUCUCCAACUCCACUCUAGUCGAAACAACUAGAAAGACCCUCCAUGACUAUUUCACCACCAAUGAGACGGGAGAUAUGAAACCCCUAACAUGCUGGGAAACCCAUAAGGUGGUGGUCCAAGGACACUUUAUUGCGAUAUGCUCGACGCGCAAGAAAUAA